AUAACACAUGUUUGUUCUUCUUACCAAAAAAUUUUCCUCGCUAAAACAGAAACAACCACCACCAUAUCAAUAUAACAUCUUUUUUCUUUUCUUUAUUCUCACUCUCUAUGAAUUUUUCGGUUCUAAAAUCAGCAACAUAUUCCACAGCGGUUGUUCCAAAACCAGCUUCUCAAUCUGAUCUCUUUCUUCACUCUAAUAACCACCCUUCUCGCCAUGCCAGGGCGUUUCUUCCCAGAUGCAGCUUUAAUGAGAUGCCGCAGAAAUCAAUGGCGAAGAAGACGGCUUACGAGAAGAUAAGGGAGGAGCUGAAACUUGAUGCAAAGCCAAAGAUGAACUUGGCUUCCUUUGUGACCACGUCAAUGGAGGAAGAAUGUAACAUACUCAUGAUGGAAUCCUUCAACAAGAACUAUGUUAACAUGGACGAGUACCCUGCCACCACUCAACUUCACAAUAGAUGUGUGAACAUGAUAGCACGUUUGUUCAACGCUGAAAUUGGAGAAAAUGAGAACGCAAUUGGAACAGGAACUGUUGGAUCUUCAGAGGCCAUAAUGCUGGCGGGCCUUGCAUUCAAGAAAAAAUGGCAGAACAAGCUCAAGGCCCAAGGCAAGCCCUAUCAUAAGCCCAACAUUGUCACUGGUGCCAAUGUCCAGGUAUGUUGGGAGAAAUUUGCAAUGUAUUUCGAUGUAGAGUUGAGAAAAGUGGAUGUUGGAGAAGGGUAUUAUGUGAUGGACCCUGCUAAAGCCAUUGAAAUGGUUGAUGAGAACACUAUCUGUGUGGCUGCAAUCUUGGGUUCAACUUAUAAUGGCGAAUUUGAAGAUGUCAAGUUGCUUAACGACCUCUUACUACAACAAAACAAGAAAAAUGGAUGGGAUACACCGAUUCAUGUUGAUGCAGCAAGUGGUGGGUUUGUUGCUCCUUUUCUUUAUCCAGAGCUAGAAUGGGAUUUCAGGCUUCCAUUGGUGAAGAGCAUAAAUGUUAGUGGCCACAAGUAUGGUCUUGUUUAUGCAGGCAUUGGUUGGGUUAUUUGGAGAAGUCAAGAGGACUUGCCUCAAGAGCUUAUCUUCAAUAUUAAUUACCUUGGAGCAGACCAACCCACCUUUACCCUUAAUUUUUCUAAAGGGUCUAGUCAGAUUAUUGCACAAUAUUAUCAACUAGUUCACCUUGGCAGAGAGGGAUACCAAAGAGUAAUGGAAAAGUGCAAAGAAAAUGCAAUGGUGGUGAAACAAGGAUUGGAGAAAACAGGGUGCUUUAACAUACUCUCAAAGGACAAUGGUGUUCCUUUGGUAGCCUUUUCUCUUAAGGACACAAGCCAUGGUGACGAGUUCAAGAUAUCGGAGAUGCUACGCCGCCUCCACGGUUGGGUUGUGCCGGCUUAUCCAAUGCCGUCCGGUGCGGAGCAUGUCAAUGUGCUCCGCGCGGUGGUUAGAGCCGAGUUUUCGCGCGAGAUGGCCGAAAAACUCGUGCUGGACAUAGAAAAUGUGUUGCAAGAACUUGGGAAGCUUGGUCCCAAGUACACACCAAAAGUGACCAAAAUUAAGAAAGACAUUGCAAAGAGGAAAAUCAUUGUCCGAGAAUCCAACAAGCAUCACAAAGUCUUGGCAGCAUAGGGAAGAUUAAUUAGCCAUCUCACUUACGUACAUAACCCAAAGGCUUAACUAGAAUUCUUUUUAUUUUAAUCAUGUUAGAUAGAGCUUUAGUUAACCAUAUUCAAUUCAUAUUUAUUUAGAUUUUAACGUUGAUUUACAACACUAUACAUUUCUAGUAAACUUCAAUUUACACUACAUUCCACGUUAUUUUGAAUUACACCAUACUAAAUUACAUAUUUGCAGGGAUAAUGAAUAGUUACGUUGAACACACAUAUUAAUGUAUGUAAUUAUAAUAA